UUGGGCCCUUCCCCAUUGGGCUUUCGCACCCCGCAUCCCACAGGCCCGCACCCGCACUCAAUCCUUAACACAGCGGUCGGCAUUGAGGCCCAUUACUCCUUCUCCUCACACUCAUACUCCCUGGUCGUUAGGGUUAGGGUUUUUCAUGUUUGGUCUGUGGACUCAAGACUGAAGACUCAUCACUCAAGAUAAGAGUCGAAGAGACUACCUCAGUACCUCUUCGGCUUUCCCUCCGGCUAGCGGCGUGACAGGCUGACGGCGUUCCUUUCGGCUAGCGGCAGUCGGCAACUCGGCGUUCAGCCGUUCACGGUUUACGGCUUCCGCUUCUCUCUUCGGGCUUCAGCUGUCCUACUGUCCUGCUUAUUUGCAGGAUAAGACUAUAGUAUAAUCAAAUUUUCUUGCUCUCGGGGCUUUUGUUUUUCUGCAUCAGCUUCUUCUGUUUCAUCGAGCUAAAUGGUUGCCACUGCGGUUCGGAAGAAAAAGAGUGCAAAAUCAGUAAACCCUGCUCCCAUAAAGAAGCAGAAGAAUGUGAAGUCGCUAAAGAGUGAGCUUGUUGCUACUAAGCUCCCAAAGAAACUGGAGCUUUCUGACGAUUCUGAGAGCCCAGAUGAAGAAUUCGAACAUGAAGGCCUCGAUGAAGAAGAACAAGGAUCAGGUUCUGGUUCUGAUAUUUUUUCUGAUGGGGAUGAUCCUUUAGCUGACAAUUUCCUUCAAGGAAGUGAUGAUGAAGGUUCAGAGAAAGGCGCUCAUUCAGAUCCAGGUUCGGACUCGGAUUCAGACAUUUCAGAUAUUGAGGAAAAAUCGAGAGCUAUUGAUGAAGAAAGGGCGAGGGAACAAAAAGAAGCAGAGGAUGAGUUGCACCUUAACAUUAAAGAAGAAUCUGAUGAGUUUAGAUUGCCAACCAAGGAGGAGCUCGAGGAGGAAGCUGGUCGCCCCCCUGAUCUUUCAAAUCUCCAGCGGAGGAUAAAAGAGAUCAUUCGAGUGCUUUCAAAUUUCAAGUCAUUAAGGCAAAGUGGAGCAACACGGAAUGAUUACAUUGAGCAGCUUAAGAUGGAUUUGGGUUCAUAUUAUGGCUACAAUGAGUUUUUGAUUGGGAGUUUGAUUGAGAUGUUUCCAGUCGUUGAACUUAUGGAACUUAUUGAAGCUUUUGAAAAGCCUCGUCCCAUUUGUCUACGAACCAACACCUUAAAGACACGAAGACGUGAUUUAGCUGAUGUCCUUUUGAAUAGAGGGGUGAACCUUGACCCUUUAAGCAAGUGGUCAAAAGUUGGUUUGGUCGUGUAUGAUUCACAAGUGCCCAUUGGUGCCACUCCUGAAUAUAUGGCUGGUUUCUACAUGCUACAAAGUGCAAGCUCCUUUUUGCCCGUGAUGGCUCUUGCUCCUCAAGAAAAGGAACGGGUUGUUGAUAUGGCGGCUGCACCUGGUGGUAAAACAACUUACAUUGCUGCUCUUAUGAAAAAUAGUGGAUUAAUUUUUGCAAACGAGAUGAAGGAACCAAGACUCAAGUCACUUACUGCAAAUUUACAUAGAAUGGGUGUAACAAACACCAUUGUUUGUAACUAUGAUGGCAAGGAGCUGCCGAAGGUUCUAGGUCUCAACUCAGUUGAUAGAGUAUUGUUGGAUGCUCCUUGUAGUGGGACUGGGGUCAUCUCUAAAGAUGAGUCUGUCAAGGCUUCCAAAAGCUUAGAAGAGAUAGAGAAGUGUGCACACCUGCAGAAGCAAUUAAUACUUGCGGCAAUUGACAUGGUGGAUGCCAAUUCCAAGUCUGGAGGAUACAUUGUUUAUUCGACAUGCUCGAUUAUGAUUCCUGAGAAUGAAGCUGUUAUAGACUAUGCACUCAAGAAGAGGGAUGUAAAACUUGUCCCAUGUGGACUUGACUUCGGCCGUCCUGGGUUUAUCCGCUUUAGGCAACACCGGUUUCACCCAUCCUUGGAGAAAACGAGACGUUUUUACCCCCAUGUUCACAAUAUGGAUGGGUUUUAUGUUGCGAAGCUAAAAAAAAUGAGCAAUUCCAAGCCAACUACAAAACAUGCUGAUGAACCACCAGUAGUAGAGGAAGUUCCCGUGCUGAAUGAAAGCAAUGAAAAAAAUGCUGGGAAGAAGGUUAAACUGAAUGAAAGCAAUGAAAAGAAUGCUGGGAAGAAGGUUAAACAGCAUAUGAAGAAGGAAGGCCUUACAAAAGAAAAUGGGGACUUAAAGAAUGCUUCUAAUGAUAAUGAUAAAGGGAAGCCCCAAUUCCCUGCUAAAAAAUGGAAGAAAAGGAAAUUCCCAUCUAAAGAUGAGAUCUCAAAAGCCAGAGAGGAGAAGAGAAAGGUUUUGAGAAAAUCUGUGAGUGGAAAGAAGACAGAACACCAGGAGCAUGGGAAUGGAGAUUAAAGGGGGCAGCUUCUGAGCAUGAAAAUUUGAAGUUUGGUUUUGGGGUUGGGGGCUUGGGGGUGCUUUCUCACCAAUGGCCUAUAGCACCAAUUUUCCUUCGUUCCCUAAAUUUGUUGCUAUCGACACCUGAUUGUUGCUAUCAACUCCACAGGUGAAGCAGGCUUGGAUGAAAAUGCGGAGAGCAACCAUAUUUAAUUUACACUCUUGAGGCCAAUUGGUCCAUGGCAAAAUUUUCCCGUGUAUAUUUAAUAUAUACACUUAUGUAAAUUAUAGAUUUGCCAGUAUGAAGUCCUUGUGUUGUCGAAAUUUUGGAGGGUCCAUGUUCUUAAAUCUUUUUUAAUGUUUUAAGUCGAGUUGAAAUUUUGGUUAUUGAAGUAGCCCUGACAUUUGCUGGGAAUCUUUCAGUGCACCAA